GCAGCGCUCUCCUGCGCGCAGCAGCCCCGCACCGCAGGCAGCCGCCGCCGCCCCGGACCCGGCGCCAUGGCUUCUGGAGUAACAGUGAACGAUGAAGUCAUAAAGGUUUUUAAUGACAUGAAAGUAAGAAAAUCUUCAACCCCAGAAGAGAUUAAAAAAAGAAAGAAAGCCGUUCUCUUCUGCUUAAGUGAUGACAAAAAGCAAAUAAUUGUAGAGGAGGCAAAGCAGAUACUGGUCGGUGACAUUGGAGAUACUGUGGAGGACCCCUAUACAGCCUUUGUGAAGUUGCUACCAUUGAAUGAUUGUCGAUACGCUUUGUACGAUGCCACGUAUGAGACAAAGGAAUCUAAGAAGGAAGACCUGGUAUUUAUAUUCUGGGCUCCUGAAAGUGCACCUUUAAAAAGCAAGAUGAUCUACGCAAGCUCUAAAGAUGCCAUUAAAAAGAAAUUUACAGGUAUUAAACAUGAGUGGCAAGUAAAUGGUUUGGAUGAUAUUAAGGACCGUUCAACACUCGGAGAGAAACUGGGAGGCAACGUGGUAGUUUCACUUGAAGGAAAACCCUUAUAAAAAGACAGACAAGUGCCAUCUGGAUCUAAGGAGCUUCCAUUUCUGCAGCUCGUUCAAUUGGAAUAGUAUUAGUCUCCCUUUCUCCUUCCCUCCUCAAAAAUAAGUCCCUUCCCUUCUGCCCCUGAAGGAGAUGUCAUUGUUAAGCAGUCUACCAGUGAUUGCCAUUAGACUGUUUAAUCCUGGUAGUUUUAUGUAGGAUCCAAGGAAUGCUUUCACGUCAUACUCUUAGCCAAAACUGACGCUGCAUGCAUUCCUUGCCACACGUACAAUGAAUGUGAUAGUUAAUGUGAAUAGUCUAGCAGACAGCAAAGGGUAAGCUAAUUGAAUGCCUUGAAAGUAUUGUCCACUGGUGGGAUGGUAGACUCUAUACAGUAUUACUUACAGUUGCACUUGAUUGCAGUUCCAUGAGGCUCUUGUGCAUUCAUACACCUCACCUGCCUUGACAAGCCUAUUUUUGUGACAUGGCAGCACACAACACUAUGCAUUUAAAGCACUUUUUUGUAAUAUGUUUGACCUGCCCCUCCCCCCCAAAGGAAUGCCAAUUAAGUUGCUGUAACUGUGUCAUCAAAUUCUUGUGGUACCUCAGUUUCAUUCCUGUUACAUGCAUAUCUUUAUAAAUGAAGUAGCUGUUACGAUGCCUUUUGUUUUCCAUUGAAUGUACACUACUGAACAGGAGUAGAGGUUAUCUGUUUACCAUGUGAGUCUUGAAACACUAAAGUUUUGUAAAACAUUGGUCAUGAUGGCAAUUUCUGUAUUAAAAAGAGCCUUAAAUGGAACAUUGUUUUUGAGAUCAAAAACUGGCCACGUUGCAAUAAAACUUGUGGCUUAUUACAGAA